UCAGAACAAAUUCCCUCUUCGUCAUCGCCCGCGAAAACAUACAAAGACACGCAUAUUUAAUUUUAUCAUAACACGUUGUAUUUAUUGUGUAUAAAUAUACACACAUACAUAUACCUGUAUUUACUUGUAUAUAAAUAGACACACAUGCAUCCACAUCCACAUCGCCUAGCCUCCAUUACAUACACGUAUCUCAGAAGCAGAAACCAAAGAGAUCAUGCAAGAAGACAACCCCGAUGUUUACUCUGAAUCCGGGUCGGGUCUCGGGUUCUCGAACUACUUGAUCGUCCGACCGGAGCAAGGUGGGAUUCGGGAUUUGAUACGGUACGGUGUGUGGAACGACGAGACGAGUAAGGCAAGGUUCGUGUACAGUCCGGCGUACGGAAUCUUCGGUGAGGAAGCGAGCGAUCACCGUUGGGUGAUUGUGGUGUCGAUUCUGGUCCGUAAGAUCAUCGGACUUUUCAGGAAGCCCAUGGAGUACACAGGCUUCGUCGUCGACUUCUUCCUCAAUCUCUUGUCCGAGAACGGUGGCUUCUUCGGAUUACUACUCCGAUUAAUCCAAGCAAAAGUAGUGAUACCAGAGAGAGGGACUGAGACAUUCAUCAGCACAAUCGGGCAACUAGAUGGCCGAAUCGAUCUAUACAGGCGCCAUGAUUUCGCCCGACACUUUGAAAAUCUCGCGAGUUCCGGUGAAAGAAACGUUAAACUCGAGCCCGGAAGCCGAGUUCUGCUGGAUUUGUGUAUGAUGGCUUCGAAACUAGCGUAUGAGAACGCCAAGGUCGUCGAAAACGUCGUUACACUCCAUUGGAAGAUGAAUUUGGUGGAGUUCUUGAACUGCUGGAAUGAUUAUGAGAAGGAUAUGUCGACACAAGUCUUUAUACUAACGGAUAAGCCAAAAGAUGCAAACUUGAUACUGAUAAGCUUCAGAGGCACCGAGCCCUUCGAUGCAGACGAUUGGAGCACCGAUUUCGAUUACUCGUGGUACGAAAUCCCCCAACUCGGGAGACUUCACAUGGGUUUCAUCGAAGCCAUGGGCUUAGGAAACAGAAACGAGACUCUCUUCCAUGAAACUUCCUCUGAAAACCCUAGGAUCAUCCCUCCGGACAUGGCAAAGAGAGGCGCCUAUUACUCGGUUAGAAGGAUUCUGAAACGUUUGCUCCAAGAACACGGGAACGCAGAGUUCGUUGUCACUGGCCACAGCUUAGGCGGCGCUCUGGCCAUACUGUUUCCAACUGUGCUGGUUCUGCAUGGGGAGACUGAGACUAUGAAGAGAUUACUCGGAGUUUACACGUUUGGACAACCUAGGAUUGGAGACAGAGAGAUCGGGAAGUUCAUGAAAGCUCAUCUUGAUGACCCAGUUCGUCGUUACUUCAGAGUUGUCUACUGCAACGAUCUUGUCCCGAGAUUGCCCUACGACGACAAAACGUUCUUGUAUAAGCACUUCGGCCUCUGCCUUUACUACGACAGCUUCUACAACGAGACGCAAGUGGAAGAUGAACCGGACCCGAACCCAUAUACGGUGCGAUACAUGAUAUCGAGCCGCAUAAACGCGGUCUGGGAGCUGAUAAGAGGCUUGACGAUGGGUUACACGCAUGGACCAGAGUACAAGGAAGGGUGGUUCAGUAUUUUGCUGAGGCUCAUGGGACUGGUGGCUCCUGGUGGCUCUGCUCACUCCCCUACCAAUUAUAUUAACUCGGUUAGGCUUGGCCCGGACAGUAUCAUUACAAUGUCCCCCCUCUAAGGUGUGUUCAGCUCCUAAACCGGAUCCGGUUAUCGGAAUAAAUCAAAGACUUAACCGGAUUUGAGAUAAGAUAUGGAUGAGAAUAAAUAAAUAAACAAAGUGGGUUGUCUUUAUGUAAUUUUUGAGUUUUGGUCGGUCCAUGUCCGUUAAAGCGAUUCAUGUGUGUUUGGAUAUGAAUAUAUUUACACGAGUUUUGAUAAUGGUA